GUUAGUCCUUCUGUACUAUUGUGGAAUCCACAGGUAGUACAUUUGUGUCCACCACUUAAAAUCAUGUUUCCUUAAUACAAACCGAACAUUGCACACCUCCUUAGUAAACCAUUUUACAAUUGUUUGGGACAACAAAGUUGUCUGGCUGGAGAUUUAAAGCAAGCCGUCUGACGUUCAAGGUAUGAAAAAUUCAGUAGCAAAGUAAAAUAUCCGCACAAAUACUAGUUGCGAAUAGGAAGAACUCUCUAAUAUAAAAACGCAAGUAAAACCAAAUGUUAUUUUGGUCGUGUCUAAGUUAUUAGUGACCACUCGGCGUCAGUGUUGUUUUAAAAUUGAAAAGAUUGUUGUAAGCCCUCCUCUAAAAGCAGACAUGCGUAGUUCUGUUUUGUUUCGGACGAACGUGGAUAUACAGCCUGAGAAAAUGUAGCUCUGUAGAGUCUAUGUCUGAUUUGAUAAACCGAUUAUUUGCUUUUAGUAUGUAGUGCUAAUUAUGAACCUUGAUUUGACGCAGUACUGCAUUUUUUGAAAGUAGAGGAUUUUUAUUUUCUGUUGGAAGAGGUUUGGAGUAGUCGUAUACAAUGGAAUAUAUCAAAGAGAGACGCAAAUGGAAGUACUGCGGGAUUUUUCUCGGCUUUUCUUUGCUGCUGUGCUUUGCGGAUCAAGCGUCAUCUCACAUAAGGUACUCUGUUCCUGAAGAAGUCAAAGAGGGAUAUAUUGUGGGAAAUAUUGCUAAAGAUUUGGGCCUUGAUGUAGGAACUCUGAUGGACCGAGGAUUUCGUCUCGUUUCUGGAUCUAACGACGCCUAUUUUCAGGUGAAUCAGAACAAUGGCAUUCUGUCUGUUCAUAAGAAAAUCGACAGAGAAGAAAUAUGUGAUGGCAUGAACACCUGCAUAAUAGAUAUUAAAAUCGUCGUCGAAAACCCUCUGGAGAUCCAUUACGUGGCAGUGGAAAUUACAGACACGAAUGAUCAUGCUCCAGUAUUUCCAGAUAAGCAACAAAGAAUGGAGAUAGCAGAAAACACUCUACCGGGCGCGCGCUUUCAGCUACGAAGUGCAAGGGAUCCAGAUAUCGGGGUAUAUUCUGUGCGAGCCUACAAAUUAACUCAAAACGAGCAUUUUGAUCUAGAAAUAAGAGACAGGGGUGACGAGAAAGUACCCUUUCUCGUUUUACAGAGAGCAGUAGAUAGGGAACGUAAAGCUGAACACAAAUUACUACUGACAGCAAUAGAUGGUGGGAAUCCACCAAAUUCUGGUACUUUAAAUGUUACUGUUACUGUUCUGGAUAAUAAUGACAAUCGCCCAGUGUUUAGUCAUGAAGUGUACACGGCACAAAUACAUGAAAAUAUUCCGAUAGGGACCAUGGUCAUCAAGGUUAAUGCAAUCGAUUUGGAUGAAGGGUUGAACGGAGAAGUUCUGUACUCUCUUGGAAACAACUAUGGUAUGUUUGAUUUAAAUAAUGUUACAGGUGAAAUUUGGGUGAAGGGUGAAAUAGACUAUGAAAAAAAUGAUGUAUAUAGACUAGAUGUAUUGGCUUCUGAUAAAGGCACACCUCCAAUGACAGUUGAUUGCAGGGUCAUUGUGAAAAUUUUAGAUGUUAACGAUAACAAUCCAGAAAUAGAAGUUACAUCACUUUCUAACUUAGUGCCAGAAAAUUCCAAACCUGGAACUGUAAUUUCAUUAAUCAGUAUCUUAGAUAAAGACUCCGGUGUAAACGGGAAGGUGUUAUGCACGUUAUCACCCAAUAUACCAUUUGAACUUAAACCGUCUAUAAAGGACAAUAUGUAUUCCUUAGUCACAAAAACGCAAUUGGACCGAGAGGAAACUUCACUUUAUGAAAUCAAAAUCAAAGCAACAGAUCUUGGUCAACCUCCCUUAACUGCAGAAAAAAAUAUUAGCGUUCAGGUGUCCGAUGUGAAUGAUAAUCGUCCAGAGUUUUUCCAAAAUCCACUUGAACUUUAUUUAAUGGAAAAUAACUCACCAAGUGCCUCAAUGUAUUCUAUUGCUGCAGUGGAUAAAGAUAUACAUGAAAAUGCAGCAAUUUCAUAUAGCAUUCUUAAAGAGAGUAGUUUGCAAAACAAAAUGGCUUCAUUCCUCAAUAUUAAUUCUGAAACAGGCGUUAUUUAUGCACUGACGAGAUUUGACUUUGAAGUAACCAAGUCUUUUCAGUUCCGCGUGCUCGCUACCGAUUCUGGAACUCCACCACUGAGCAGCAACGUCACAGUCAAUGUGUUCAUUCUAGAUCAGAACGACAACGUUCCAGUGAUCUUAUAUCCAGUCAUCUCUAACGGAUCUGCAGAAGGUGUGGAGGAGGUUCCCCGCAAUGUGAACGCAGGACAUUUGGUGACCAAAGUGAGAGCAUAUGACGCAGAUAUAGGAUACAACGGCUGGUUAUUAUUUUCACUACAGGAAGUGAGUGACCACAGUCUGUUUGGUUUGGACCGCUAUACUGGACAGAUAAGAACGCUCCGCUCAUUCACAGAGACAGACGAGUCUCAACAUAAACUGGUCAUACUGGUCAAAGACAAUGGCAAUGUAUCACUUUCAGCAACAACGACUGUAAUUAUCAAAGUUGUGGAGCCCAAGGAGGCUUUUGCUGCUUCCGAUGUUAAAAGCUCAUUAAAAGAUGAGGAGGGCAAUGACGUUACGUUUUAUCUGAUCAUCCCUCUGGGCUCUGUUUCAGUACUUUUUAUCAUCAGCAUCAUUGUACUGAUUGCAAUGCAGUGCUCCAAAUCUACAGACUAUUCCUCCAAGUAUUUACAAGACACAAAUUAUGACGGAACACUGUGUCACAGCAUCCAGUACAGAUCAGGAGAUAAACGCUACAUGUUAGUUGGACCAAGAAGGAGUAUUGGUUCUGCUGUAACCUCGGGCAGUAAUGCAAAUACUCUAGUAGUACCCGAUCGCAGGAGCAGAGCUUCUGUAGAGGUAAGAGCUUGUUUGUAAUAAAGUUUUAAUGAAUUUUGAUAAAUGCCUGUUGUCACUUGAAAACAAAAAAAAUGCGUGGUGCAUCAUUGUUGUAUUGCAGCUGAAAUACCACAAU